AUGAAUACUGAGUUCAGUCCUGGCGUCGAUCCUGAAGAAAUCAAACAAUAUCUGCAUGGACUCGGUCUCAUACCAGUCGAUGAAUAUUACAUUCAAUUGAGACAAAUGUUGAAACGUCAGGAACAAUCAUCGAAGACGACAAAUGAGCAAAUACAACGUAAACUAGCUGAAAACGGAAUUCACAAAGAUGAUCUAUCGAAAAAUUUUUCAUUACUGUGUCCACGAAAGCGGGUAUCUUUUUCACCAGUCAUCACUCGUAAGCGCGGAAAAGCAAUUAAAAAGCGAACACCAUCUGCAAGUCAAUUAACUACUGUCACGACUACCGUGAUUACAUCAUCAACACCAAUGAAUGAUCAAUCGUCUACACAAAAACGAACGGAGGAAUCAAAUAUAAUCGGUUAUGAUCAACCAUUAGAUUUACGUGUACGAACUAAAUCGGCCAGUAAAUUGUGA